CAUCAUCCGACCUUAUAGAUGACCUUCUCGUCCCGGGCCCUACCUGGCCCAUUAUUCCCUGGGAUGACCAUAUUUGCCUUAUGGAUGAUUUGAUCGGGCGAAAGCAUAUAAGCAACAUGCGUCUGACAGUACGGGAAAUUGUGGAGAGGCCGUGCUCCCAAAUGAUCAGGCGUGUCGAUUGAGUUGGUGGAAAUUAGGAGUGGUUAGUGGCCCGGUUCAACGCGCAGACUAAGGCACCGUCUAGCUGCUGGUGAUUACUAGUCGUUAGCAUGGUCUCUAUGGGACCUGGUGAGGUGCCCAUUCGGUCGAAGUUUUCUUGAUCAAAUGGGGAAAGUUGCCUGUCACCGUCAACAUUAUUAUCAACAAGGAGACGGAUGCCCAUGCGAUGAUGACACUUAGCUUUUGCCAAUGUUCAAAGACGCGGUCGGCCUGCGAAUGAGGGUGCACCCACUUUGUCUGAUCAACACGCUUGGAGUUCGUUGGCGUGGUUAUCUGUCGCAUGCGAUGAAUAAAUAUCUGUCGUUGCGAACUUGCCGAUCUCAGACCACCAACGACUUGUUAGAGAUUACGAGAUCGAGCAGGCAAUGGAACUGUGGGUGGCUACGAGAGUUUCAACAGCUGAAACCAACCCCAAUCCCAGCCCCAACCCGAGCCAUAGCGCCGAGAAUGACAGGGGAAAAGCGGAGCAUCAACGACAUCAAGCUCGCUAGAGCAAAAUUCAGGAGCCACUCUUCUAAACCGAACGACGGGGGGCUUUGCUUCCGCUUCCGGCGAGGUGUCCAAAUCCCAAACCAACCCCAUGAAGAAAUUGAAGAGCGAAGGAAAAAAAAAGAAAAGAAAAUACCAGAAAUGAAAUUAGAGCCCCUGGGCGGAUCAGCCGAACAUCGCUCAGAAUGUGGCCUGGUGAGUCCCCUCUGAUUCUAUCCAGAAUCAGAUCGACUGGGCGGAUCCGAACCUAAGACUUCGGAUCCAGCAAGCGACACUAGGUAGGAACGUUGACGAUGCUGAUGCAGCG